GAUUCGGCUAAGAGAAAGCGGAGAAAAAAAAGCGGCAUUUUUGUCAUCUUCGAUCGAUGGCUAAGCAGUCCUCCACACUAUAUAGACGCCGGAAGUCAUUUUCUCUCAAUAAACCCAAUUUGAUUUAUCGGCUUCGAGGCGGAGCACGUCGCCUGGAUCUCGCGCUGAGAUUUGCUGUCGAACAGGAGAGAUGGACCAAGGGAGCAUUCCAAUGGAAGAAUCCUUUUAACUGAUAUUAGAAUGUUAGAUGAAAUCAGAGAAGAUAGCAACCAAUCCGAUAAAGGAGCAGACCUCACACUAUCCGAAGCUGAUUGAUUGGAAGGCGAAGAUGUCCUAACCACUUGUGCACUGUUACUGCUGUAGUCGCAGAGGAUUUGCAGCCAUUGCAUGUCAGAUGGAUGAUAAAGGCAAUAAUAUCAUGAAUAGAGGUAUUGGCACGACUUGGAUGUUCAGUUUCAUAGGUAAAAAGCUAUCGAAGAGGAAAAAACACAAAGGGAAAAUCUCCCCUUCAUCAUCUCGGAUGCUGAGAACUAUUUCAAUCCAUCAUUUGGAAUGCACUGAUUUUGUUCCUGAGAGUGAAGUAGGCCAAACUGCUUCAGAUAGUAAGAGUUCAAAAGAUGAUCUAAAUUCUGAUUCAUUCGCUAUGAGCGAACAUGAAUCUCAGGUACUUCAAGAACCUCAUGGAUCUUCUAAAGGGAAGCCUGGUGAAGCAUGUAGGGGAAUUGAUGUGGCUGAUGAUUUGCCUGGAUCACACGACAAGCUUGAUAAAAUACAAAAUCAUUUACUUCAUGAGCGUGUAGUUCUCAAGGAAAAGUUGGCUGAGGCAAGGGAUGAUUUAUUGAAGCUAAAAGAUGUCAAUCCCCAGGGUAUAUCAAAUGAAUUUGCGAACCAGUCAAAACUUUUUCUGGAUACACUUGAGUUGUUUAAUGCUAAUAGAGAGGCUCUUCUUGAUGGUCCUGAAGACUCGAAUUACAUCUCACCUGAUUAUACAGAGAGAUUACAGGCUCCCACUAAAGCUAGAAUGUUAACCAAGUCUGUUUCAUUUCCUGGAUUAGAAUUCUCAGGAAGGACUGCUCGGAUUUUCUUGCCAAGUUAUAACAGAAUGAAGAGUGAUUCCUUUGUUACUCAGGGGACAAAGUCUGAAUCUGUUAGUUCAUGCAUUAACGUUGUAGAGGUUGGCUUUGACUCGGAUGUUUUACCCAGUUCUCAUGAAUUGAGAAAACGAAGAGAAGCUGGAACUGUUUUAAAUCGCUUGAGAAAUCUGAAGCAGAAGAUAAAGGAUGUAAUCACAGAGAACAGGAAAGAAAAAAGUAGAACAGUUAGGGAUGGGAUUCUGCAUAAAGUUCCGUUUGGCCACAAGCUACUGGAAGAUAUGAAAGAUAAAAAGCUGAACCUUUGGGAUGAUUCUGCGUCAGAAAGAUGUGACAGAGUAGGUGAAGGAAGAAACUUCAAUAACGCUUCACAUGGUUCUUAUAGUAAAUUUGAACGGAAAAGUUUUCAACGGUCUUGCUCACUUGCUGAGUCCUUAGAUAGGUAUUCUCACUUGUUAGAAACCCUUUCACUCAAUGAAAAGGGGGGAGAAGUUACUGAGAAUUCAAAAUCAAACCAAAAAGAUAACGGGUUGUUGCAAGGCAUGCUUCCAAAGAGUUUGGGAAGAAUGUUCUCCAGUCCGGUGCUCAGGUCAUAUUCUUUCAGCAAGGCUGUUCAAAGUGACUUCUCUCCUGAUUCAUCGAAAGUUCUAGCAGCCGAACCCAUUGGAAGUAAAAUGGACAAAGUUGUGAGUUCAAAAUCAACCCUAGAAGAUAAUGGUUUGCAGCAAGAUAAGCUCUCAAAGAACUCUGGAAGAAUGUUGUCGUAUUCUUUCAGCAAUGAUGAACAAAGUGAACGCUAUCUUGAAUCAACACAAAUUCUAUCACCAGAAUCUCUUGGCAUUGUUAUGGAAAAAAAUUUAGAUAAACCAACCACCGAUGCAAUCAUUUCUCCUAUUUUAGAAAAAAAUGACUACGAACAUGAAAUGGUUGUGGAUCCAGAUUCUCUUUCUUGUGCUGAAGAAGCCAUAAGACCAGAUAAAUUUGUUACGCCUACUGUAGAAAGCAUCACUGAGAUGAUAGACAGUCAAGUAAAUCCAGUUUCUGUGGAUGACUCUGAACACAUUGAGCCAUCUUUGUUCACAGAAGUCGUGGAAGAGGAAGCCGACUUAGUCAAUAGACGUGAAGUUCAAAUAGAAGCUGAAUCUGAUAUCAAGAGCCCAAGUUUUAUCUCGUCUCUUGACCUGAAUAUGGUUGACGAUUCUUCUAGUUCAGCGAAAUAUCUACCUGGAGAAGGUUCAGAAUCACCACCAAUCCCCAACGACUCUGAUGCGCAACAUCUACUCUCCGAUACGAAGAACAAAAUCGACUGCAAUGAGCAAAAUUUAACAGAAAAUUUCAACUUCGGCUGUGAUGAUGAACAAAAGUCAAGCUCUUUCUUUGUUCAUGUCGACCACAAGUAUGAUACUUUGUUCCAGCUUGUGAGAAAUAUAUUGUGCAAGUCUGGGUUUGGGGUUCUUCUCUCAUCUUAUGAAUUUGGAAUUGAAAAGGACACACCUUUCGAGCAGAAGCUCUUAUAUGAUCUAAUAAAUGAGGUUUUACAGGAAAUAUAUGAGAACUGCACUGUUCCAAAUCCUUGGCUCCUCCAUUUUCAUUCUAAAAUUAGAUCAAUGCCUGUAGGAAACUAUCUUCUUAAGGAUGUUUGGACUGAAAUUUGCUGGCAUCUCUGUACGCCACAGGGGUUUUAUGCCACUCUUGAUGAUCUUAUGGCCUAUGAUUUUGCCAAAAAUGGUGGGUGGAUGAACCUCUACCGUGAUGCAGAGUGUGUUGCUUUGCAACUGGAAUAUCUGAUAUUGGAUGAUUUGCUUGAAGAAGCUGUUGUUGCUUCUGAUGGGUUUGAUUUUUUAAUAUAUUGAUCUACUCUAUUGUUACUGUAAAUUUUCUUGUAUAUUUAUCUCUGCCUUAUUUUUUAAUUCGACUUAUAUUGUGUUGUUGUGUUAGUUUUACAUACAGAUGUAAAGCUGAAUUUCUUAUAUUUUGGGGCUGUUUGGCUACAGGUUGGAUAUUGUAAAUCUUGUAAAUUCAGAUUCAGUAAAUUCUGUAUGUUUUAAAUUUAGAAAACUGUGUUGUGAUUGA